AUGAUGAAAAUCACUGACAGAUUGACUGAUUGUAUCAUCAUUGAGGUCAUAGAGAGGGACAGCAAUAAACAUUUUUUGAAAAGAAGAGGAGAAGAGAAGGGGAUUUAUCUUAAAAGGCUAAUUACUACAAUUAAUAGCCUGGGAAUAACCUUUUCUGUGUGGGAAAGAACCAAUGCUGAUGGCAAGGGAAGUGGGACUUAUGAUUGGAUUAGUGUUAUUGGCUCACAGCUUCAAGAGAAAGAUAUCAUUUUUCCUGAAACAAAGGAGAUGGUAGUAAAAAUAUGGAGGCACUUUGAUUCCCUUUACCAUUUGAUCAACACUGAUUCAGAGGAAAAUGGAGACCUUAACCUUGAAGUCUUCGAAAAAUCGAAGGAGUUUGUUGAACACUUUUGCUCCCUUGGUGAAAAGAGAGUUGGGUACAACAAAGCAAGAGUGACACCACAUAUGCAUGCCCUCUGCUACCAUGUCCCAUGCUUCAUCAAAAACCACAAAAACUACAACUUCUUCCAGCAGUUCACUGGACAGGGUGUUGAAAAAAACGUCGCCAAACGAAUUUUUUUCCAAAAGUCGAACAAAUGGGAUGCAGCUAGGGAUGUUUUGCAGUUAGAGGGAAGACAACAAGCCCUUCAUCAUUAUGAAAGGGAGAAGAGAAAAUAUGAAAAACAAAACAGUGAAUACUGGAAUAGUGGGAUUGUUGAUUCAAGGAAGAAAAGAAAGCACUCCAGGGGAGGUGCCAGUGAAUCUCAAGGUGAACCACCUGCUUCUAACGCCAAUGAAGUCACAGGAACAAAUUAUGAAAAAAUGACAAUCAAAGAGCUUAUACAGAACAUCAAAUCACAAAAUUUGCAGGUGAAAGGAAUAUCAAAAUUAAAGAAAGCAGAACUGAUUGACAUUUUAAUGAACAGUGAUUAA